AUGGAAGAAGCAUCUGGUACACAGCUUGGAGUCGCCUGGGAUCAGCUGAGUCCGGACAAAAAGCUUUCCAUUAUGAGGGAGCUAGUGACUAUCGAGUCAAAGAUGCUUGCGGUGUCAUUUUCGCAGUACGUCCAUUCGCUCAUUCACAAGCCCAUGCGUAAUCUGAUCAUCUCGUCAGCUUUGGCAGCAUAUAUCGCGAGCGAUGCAGUGGAAGGUGCAGUUCCAGCCAUGCUCACCAGCGGAGUUUCCUCUGAACUCAAAGAGCGAGUAUACAAGAAAUUCAGUAUUGGGCCUACCGUCGACCGAAGCUUUUUGAACAAGGAGCGCUCGUCAUAG